AUUAUUUUUUAAUAAAUGCUACAAGUUCUAACAAGCUGUAUCAGUUUUUAAAUUCUAGACUAAUUAUACAAUGGUGCAGUAUCAAGGCAAUUCCGCUGCCGGCGGCGAGCACAUACACAUGGUGACAUUGGAUAAAACGGGCAAGAAAUCAUUUGGCAUUUGUAUUGUGCGUGGCGAGGUGAAGGAUUCGCCAAAUUCGAAAACCACGGGCAUAUUUAUCAAAGGCAUAGUCCCGGAUAGUCCAGCGCAUCUGUGUGGCAAGCUAAAGGUAGGUGAUCGCAUACUCUCGCUUAAUAACAAGGAUGUGCGGCAUUCCACGGAGCAGGCGGUCAUUGAUCUCAUCAAGGAGGCGGACUUUAAGAUUGAGCUGGAAAUACAAACGUUUGACAAGAGCGAUGCUGAGAAUAAGAAUGAUCCCAGAAGUAAUGGCUAUAUGCAGGCGAAGAAUAAGUUUAAUCAAGAGCAAACACCCAACAACACGAUGGCUAGGCAGCCAACCAUGCGUAAUGAUCCGAAGCGCAACACAACUUUUGCUGCAUCCACCAGAGUCAAGCAUACGCCGCUCUAUCAGGAUGAGGAUGAUGAGGACACGCGUGAUAUGACUGGACGCAUACGCACUGAGGCGGGCUAUGAGAUUGAUCGUGCCUCGGCGGGCAACUGCAAGCUGAACAGGCAAGAAAAGGAUCGCGACAAGGAGCAAGAGGAUGAAUUUGGCUACACCACGGCCAAGAUUAACAAGCGCUAUAACAUGAUGAAGGAUCUGCGUCGCGUCGAGGUGCAACGCGAUCCCAGCAAACCGCUGGGUCUGGCGCUUGCCGGCCACAAGGAUCGACAGAAGAUGGCCUGCUUUGUGGCUGGCGUGGAUCCCAAGGGCAUACUGGCCAGUGUAGACAUCAAGCCCGGCGAUGAGAUCGUCGAGGUCAAUGGCAACGUGCUCAAGAAUCGCUGCCAUUUGAACGCCUCCGCUGUGUUCAAAAAUGUGGAGGGUGAUAAGCUGGUGCUGAUCACAUCGCGACGCAAGCCCAAUGAUGAGGGCAUGUGCGUGAAGCCCAUCAAAAAGUUUCCAGGUUUUAGCGAUGAGACCAAGUUUAUAUUCGAUCAGUUUCCCAAGGCGCGCACGGUGCAGGUGCGCAAGGAGGGCUUCCUAGGCCUUAUGGUUAUCUACGGCAAGCACGCCGAGGUGGGCAGUGGCAUCUUUGUCUCCGAUCUGCGCGAGGGCUCCAAUGCUGAGGCGGCGGGCAUCAAAGUGGGCGACAUGCUGCUGGCGAUCAACCAGGAUGUCACGCUGGAGUCCAACUAUGAUGAGGCAACAGGCUUGCUUAAGCGCGCCGAGGGCGUUGUGACCAUGAUUGUGCUUACGCUCAAGAGCGAGGACGCAAUUCGAGCUGAACGUGAGGCGGAGGAAAAGAAAAAAGAAGAGGCCAAAAAAGAGGAAGAGAAGCCACAGGAGCCCGCUACUGCCGAAAUAAAGCCCAAUAAGAAAAUACUCAUCGAAGUCAAGGUGGAGAAGAAACCUCUGGGCGUCAUAGUCACUGGCGGCAGGAAUAAUCACGUCAAGACUGGUUGUGUCAUCACACACAUUUAUUCGGAGGGCGCCUUGGCGACGGACAAUCGCCUCAAGAUCUUUGAUCACAUAUGCGACAUUAAUGGCAAAGCCGUACAUGUGGAUAGCAUCACAACGCUUAAGGUGCACCAGCUGUUCCAUCUGACCUAUGAUAAAAAUGUUACUUUUACGGUUUACCGCGCUGACCCACCAGAACUCGAAAAAUUCAAUGUGGACUUUAUGAAGAAGAGUGGCAAGGAGCUCGGACUCUCGCUUGCACCUAAUGAGCGUGGCUGCACUAUAUCCGACAUAGUGCAAGGUCAAUAUCCGGAAAUCGAUAAUAAGCUGCAACGCGGCGAUAUAAUAACCAAGUUUAAUGGCGAUUCAUUGGAGGGUUGCACAUUUGAGGUGUGUUAUGCGCUCUUCAAGGGCGCCAACGGCAAAAUUUCCUUCGAAGUGACAAGGCCAAAGCCCACACUGCGCACCGAAGCGCCCAAGUAAUGAGCGCGUGCAACGAAACUUUAGAAAAACUUAAUAAAAACUUGCGUAUCACUUGUAAUAUAAA